UAAGUCGCGUCUGUCAUUUGCCGACAGCCGAUGAGAUCAAGCCAUUUUAUCUUGGUAAUGUAUCCGAUUAUAUGACCAAGUGACAACCCCGUCAUGUUUUACUUUUUUUUAUCAAGAUUAUUUGGCCUAUGACAUAAAUACUGUUAUCUAAAAGUUACCUUGAAACAGAGACAUACAAAAGCAUUUCCAACAACUGUGCGAAGCAUGAGUGAUAAAUUUAGGCUGCCACCGCGCUAUGGAACCGGUGAGAAAAGUGUGUGGGUUGAAUACAUCCAACUGGUAGCAGAAGUAAAGCCAAAGCUGAACCUUGGGCAAGGGUUUCCAGACUUCCCUGCCCCGAGCCAUGUCCCGAAGGCUUUAGCAGAAGUCACCACUUCGGAUGACCCUCUACUAAAUCAGUAUACCAGAGGAUUUGGUCAUCCAAGACUGGUACAAAACUUAUCCAAACUGUAUUCCCCAUUGAUCGGCAGGCAAAUAGACCCUAUGAAUGAAAUAUUGGUGACUGCUGGGGCAUACGGUGCCCUUUAUUCGGCCAUUUUAGGCCACGUGGAAGAUGGAGACGAGGUAAUUGUCAUUGAACCAUUCUUCGACUGCUACGAAGCUAUGAUCAAAUGUGCCGGUGGCGUCCCAAAGUUCAUUGCUUUGAAACCGAAUAAAAUACACGAGGACAUGACGGCAGCAGAUUGGGUGUUGGACUACAAAGAGUUGGAGUCCCUAUUCAGUGAUCGCACGAAGAUGUUCAUCCUGAACACGCCUCACAAUCCCCUGGGGAAGGUAUUCACCAGGCAGGAGUUGGAGAAGAUAGCAGACCUGUGCAAGAAGUACAACGUGCUGUGUUUGUCGGACGAAGUGUAUGAGUGGAUGGUGUUUGAACCAUUUCAGCAUAUUCGCAUAGCAACAUUACCAGACAUGUGGGAGCGCACCAUCACAAUCGGCUCAGCCGGAAAAACGUUCUCCGUCACCGGCUGGAAGGUCGGCUGGGCGUACGGCCCGGCCAACCUGCUUCGGAACUUACAAGUCGUUCACCAAAAUUGUAUAUAUACUCACUGUACUCCCGUUCAGGAAGCAAUCGCCCGCUCCUUAGAAUUCGAAAUGGCCAGAUGGAAAACUCCAGAGUGCUACAUGUUCUCGAUAGCUAAGGAACUGACGUCGAAGCGGGACAUGCUGAACCGGAUACUGAAGGAUAACGGGUUUAUAACCACACCCCCUGAUGGAGGAUACUUCAUACUGGCUGACUGGACUAAAUUAGGAAACAAAUUAGAUCUGAGCACUGAAAAAGACGAAUUCAAAGAUUAUAGAUUCACGAAGAAAUUUGCAAAGGAAGCUGGCAUUCUCGCCAUUCCAAUGUCGGCUUUCUAUUCUAAGGAGCAUAAAAACCUCGGAGAAAAUUACGCUCGAUUUUGCUUUAUAAAGAAAGAUGAAAAUCUAGCCUUAGCUGAAAAGUUGCUUCAAGAGUGGAAACGACGUUAGAUUACGACGAUAGGUACCUACUUACUGUAUUUUAAUAACUACAUAAAAAGUUAAAAGAAAAAGUUAAACUCGUACAGCAUCUGAUUCCUAGGUUGACGAAGAAAGGUCCUGUCAGAAGAGUUUUUUUAUGAUCCUCGAUACUUACAAAUUUAGAAGUUGCAAUGACAGUUAUUUCAGUAGAUUUUUCUUUCUUUAUUUGAAAACGUUCUUAUUGUGAGUAAAAUAUUUCCUAGUACUGUAAUGUUUAAUAUUUAAUUAAGAAGAUAUGAAAGUAAAAUAGAUUGUCCAACCGA